AUGUGGGACCCGUCCGCGGUCACUCGUCUAGACUCUGUCUCUUCCUCUUCUGCCUUCCUCAUUAUGGAAGCACAAACAACUGACGCGCUGGCUGCCACCCUGUCUGAGCAUGCUCAGGCGGCGGCCGCACCCGCACCACCACUUGUGGCAACUGAGGCCACGACCACGGUGGUGCCCUCCGCUGCGCCUCCAGGAUGUAUCCCGUUAACCGGGUUACAACUGUUUGCCAUAAUGAACCGAAUGGCCAAAGCCACCACAGCCUCUGAAAGAGAGGCUGCAGAGAAGGCUUACGAACGGUUCCGAAAAUUCGAACGUGCCGCUGCGUCGCCAGGCGCAGCCAGAGAAGAGGUCUGUGUACCGACAGGAGCCCCGCCAGGCGUGUCCAAACAAGAGGUCACUGCCCUGCCGGAGGCAGCCCUGAAGGGAGCAGUGCCACCAGGCUUGGUUUCCCAAGCAACCAAUGUUCUGCUGGCCACCCCUCCGGUCCAGACCAAUCAAGAGGCUGUUGACCUGCCGUCUGCAGCACAAAAGGGCACAACGAUUCCAGAAGCGAACCUGGAACAGCUUCUUCUAUAUGAAGAAGUAAUGGACGUCGCGCUGCUGUCUCGUAAGAGGCCAGCGACGACGGACGAGGACGAACCACCAGCAAGCGCGCCUUCUUCUGUCCACAGGCUGCUCCAGAAGAAGAAACAACACGCACCAGAGGGCGCCACAGAUGAGGAGGCCGCCCAAGAAGAAGAGGGGGACUUUUCCGUCCCCAAGCGGAGGCACACGGUUCAGGCAAAGAUGCUCGAAACCGUGGCGCCGCUGCAGACGACUAACUCCUUUGCUGCCGUCCAAGACGACAGCGAUGACAUGGAGACAGGGCAGGUGCCCAUAAAACGGGCGCCUGCACCGCCUCCGAUCACAAUCCAGUGGGAGGAGGACUACAACUCCUUCCUACAGUUGUUUAAAGGCGUCCCCUCCCUGACAACGCUGUGGUUCCGUUUGAAACCACCUAGGAUUUUCACAUUCCGUGGGAUAUGCACAAUAGCUACAUGUGUAGGCACCAUUUAG